AUGGGCGAUUUCUCGAUUAAGAUCAGUUCGAAGCUGAUCAAUCAGUUAGCUGAAGGCAACGAUCAACCUAAGAGGAAGGUGAAGAAAACCAAACCCAAUGUCUCACCACAGAGCAAGGCAGAACAAGCGAAAACACAUCACGAUGCAGAGAAACUGAAACCAAUGGCAGAAUUACCGAUGCAGCCACCGUUUUUCUUCCCGAUACCGCAGCAAACAGCAGCAAGCACAGAGUUGGAAGCAAUAAAAUCCGUUUUGAAAGAGAGUGAGAAAGUUCUUGAGAAGGUAGAGAAACAAGAAAAGGACAUUGUUCAUGAAGUGACAGAGAGAGCCAAGGAACUGAGGGAGAAAGAGUUCAAGAUCCCAGAACCGAAACCAAUGCCUUGUUCUUCAGAUCACGAUGCGUGGAUGCAAUGCUACAAAGAGAACAUCGGCGACCCUCUGAAAUGUAACGGUUUGGUUAAGAGUUUCCAGGAUUGCGCACUCCGAUCCAGGCAGCAAGUGAAAUCUGAGGAAAAGUAG